GCUCCCCCUCUCACCAUCAAUGCUUAUGGGUCAGAAGGUUUGCCUUCUCAAAUUGCAGGAUGAAUUCUAUCAUGUUAUGAUCACUGGCCCCAAAGGUUUUUGUAUGUUAAACUCUUAAUCAAUUCCGGUUCAUUACACACACCCAAUUCAGAAUAGCUGAUCCCCAAGUGAGCUCAGCCACGAAAAUUCCUCCUCUUCAGAUCCAGCACCAAUCUGACUUUUCCAAUUACCUGCAUAUUGAAAUCCACAGUGACUAUCACCCUCUUUUUAAUGAUUUUACAUUGCAGCUCAUCCUGUUGUUGGCCUAUCAUCAACCAUUCCUCACUACAUGUUGCCUUUGUUUGUAAACCAACUAGCCCUCGGCCCUAAACCAGCUAAUCUUUAGCCCUAUAUGCUGGUUCCCAACCCCCUGCCAAAUUAGUUUAAACCCUCCUGAACAGUUCUAGCAAACCUGCCCAGAGGGAUAUUGGUUCUCCCCCCACCUCAGAUGUAACCCAUCUCUUCUGCAUAGGUUGUACCUUCCCCAGGAGAGAACUCCAGAAAUCUGAAGCCCUGCCCCAUGCACCAGUUCUUUAGUCAUGCAUUCAUUCUUUUCUUAACCUCACUGGCGCUGGCACAGGCAGCAAUCCAGAGAUUACCAACCUGGAGGUCCUGCUUUUCAACUUUCUGCCCAGCUCCCUAACAUCUCUCUUCUGGACCUUCUCACCUUUCAUACCUAUUUCAUAGGUACUAAUAUGUACCAAGAAUUCUGUCUGCUCACAUAGAAACAUAGAAAACCUACAGCACAAUACAGGCUCUUCGGCCCACAAAGUUGUGCCGAACACAUCCCUACUUUAGAAAUUACUAGGCUUACUUAUAGCUCUCUAUUUUACCAAGUUCCGUGUACCUAUCUAAAAGCCUCUUAAAAGACCCUAUCGUAUCCAUCUCCACCAACGUUGCUGGCAGCCUAUUCCACGCACUCACCACUCUGACCCCUGACAUCUCCUCUGUACCUACUCCCUAGCACCUUAAAUCUGUGUCCUCUUGUGACAACCAUUUCAGCCCUGGGAAAGAGCUUCUGACUAUCCACAUGAUCUAUUCCUGUCAUCAUCUUGGACACCUCUAUCAGGUCACCUCUCAUCCUCCUUUGCUCCAAAGAGAAAAGGCAUGCUCCCUAAUCCAGGCAUCAUCCUUGUAAAUCUCCUCUGCACCCUUUCUAUGAUUUCCAAAUCCUUCCUGUAGUGAGGCAACCAGAACUGAGCAUAGUACUCCAUGUGGGGUCUGACCAGGGUCCUAUAUAGCUGCAACAUUAUCUCUCGGCUCCUAAAUUCAACUCCACAAUUGAUGAAGGCCAAUACACCGUAUGCCUUCUUAACCACAAAGACAACCUACACAGCUGCUUUGAGCAUCCUAUGGACUCAGACCUCAAGAUCCCUCUGAUCCUCCAAACUGCCAAGAGUCUUACCAUUAAUACUAUAUUCUGCCAUCAUAUUUGACCUACCAAAAUGAACUACUUCACACUUAUCUGGGUUGAAUUCCAUCUGCCACUUGUCAGCCCAGUUUAGCAUCCUAUCAAUUUUCCACUGUAACCUCUGACAGCCCUCCACACUAUCCACAACACCUCCAACCUUUGUGUCAUCAGCAAACUUACUGACCCAUCCCUUUAGAAUGUUCCCCUUUAGAAUGCCAUGGACCCGGUCUGACACAUCCCUGACUCUGGUACAUGGGAGGCAACACACCAACUGGGUCUCUACCAUGCCCACAGAAUCUCAUCCAUCCUUCCAACUUUGGGAAGUAUCACUACUGCAGUCCUCUGUACCUCUCUUCUCAGCCACAGCCCAAGACCUGAUUGCUGCGGCUGCUGAGAGAUCAUCACUCUCAACGGUAUCCAAAGUGGUAUACUUACUAUUGAAGGGAAUGGCAAAAGGGGGACUCUGCACUGGCUGCCCAUUUCCCUGACAGUCACCCAAUUAUCUGCCUCCUGCAACCUGGGGGUUGACUACCUCCAUGUAGCUCCCAUCUAUCACUUCCUCAGUCUCCCAUAUGAGACUAAGAUUAUUAAGCUGCAUUUCCUUCCAGUUUCUUAACAUGUUCUCUGAGGAGUUGCAGCUCGGUGCACCUGGUACAGUUGUGGUUAUCCAAGAAGCUGGAGCUCUCGCGCAAUAACCACAUCUCACACAAAGAACAGAACACAGCCCCUGGAACCAUUCUCACUGCAUAAACUGUGCCCCAAAUGAAAAGUAGUUAAGAAAUUUACAAAGUACUUACCUUGCCAAAGCUUGAUGAGCCAAAGCCACUCCUGACCUGGCCCAUUCACAUGAUGAAACUAAACAUCCUAAAUCCUGUACCCAGUGCCCUGACUGAUGAAGACCAAAGUGCUAAACCCUUUCACCACCCUAUCUACCUGUGACUCCAUUUUCAGGGAACCUCAGUCCCUCUGUUCUACAACAAUCCCCUAAGUCCUCUCGUCCACUGUGAAACAUUUGGGAUAAAUCCAAAGUGAAGAAUUACUCAGUUAGUCAGGAUAGAGUUUGAAACUGAUGGGGAAUUACUCAGUGAGUCAGGCAAGGCUUGUGAGGAAAGAUUGGCAUGGCCAAUCUGGACAUCGGGAGUUUUGAAAGGUAGCAACUUCAAUCAGGUCCACUGCCCAAGUACAAAAUUAGCAACGGGUUGCUACAGCGAGAAAGAGCAUUGAUCAGCAAUCAAUCCGUAUUUCGGAUUGAUUAGCAAGAGCAAAUUAAAAGGGCAAGUGCAGUGGCCAUCAUCUGAGUGGACAGAGUCAGAGUGGUGAUCUUGAGGCUUAGCUCUUUGAGGCUUCUGCAAGGAGAGGCUUCAGUCAGAGAAAGCAAAGAAAAGCUGAAGUUUUGUUUUUCCUUCCCUUCUUUAUAUCUGCUUAGUAGGAUAGUAGAGAUGCUAGGCAGGAUAGCUGAAUGCUCCUUUUGCGGGAGAUAUAGGAAAGCAGGGAGAUGCCUAGAGUUCCUGUUGACAACUAUGAGAGGUGCAUCCAGCUGCAUAGAAACAUAGAAAACCUACAGCACAAUACAGGCCCUUUGGCCCACAAAGUUGUGCCCGACAUGUCCCUACCUUAGAAAUUACUAGGCUUACCUAUAUCUCUAUUUUUCUCAUGUACCUAUACAAAAGUCUCUUAAAAGACCCUAUCGUAUCUGCCUCCACCACCGUUGCCGGCAGCCCAUUCCAUGUACUCACCACUGGGUAGAAAAACUUACCCCUGAAAUCUCCUCUGUACCUACUCCCCAGCACCUUAAACCUGUGUCCUCUUCUGGCAGCCAUUUCAGCCCUGGGAAAAAGCCUCUGACUGUCCACAUGACUGUCUCAUCAUCUUGUACACCUUUAUCAGGUCACCUCUCGUCCUCCCUCACUCCAAGGAGAAAAGGUUGAGUUCACUCAACCUAUUCUCAUAAGGCAUGCUCCCCAAUCCAGGCAACAGCCUUGUAAAGCAGCAGAGAUACCGAGGAGCAGAUUGGGAGGCAGAUUUUGGAAAGGUGCAAAAAUAACAGGGUUGUUAUCAUGGGCGUCUUUAACUUCCCUGAUACUGAUUGGCACUUGAUUAGUUCCAAGGAUUUAGAUGGGGCAGAGUUUGUUAAGUGUGUCCAGGACGGAUUCCUGUCACAAUAUGUUGACAGGCUGUCUAGGGGGAAUGCCAUACUAGAUCUAGUAUUAGGCAACGAACCGGGUCAGGUCAAAGAUCUGUCAGUGGGUGAGCAUCUGGGGGACAGUGAUCACCGCUCCCUGACCUUUAGCAUCAUCAUGGAAAAGGAUAGAAUCAGAGAGGGCAGGAAAAUUUUGAAUUGGGGAAGGGCAAAUUAUGAGGCUAUAAAGCUAGAACUUGCUGGUGUGAAUUGGGAUGAUGUUUUUGCAGGGAAAUGUAUUAUGGACAUGGGGUCAAUGUUUAAAGAUCUCUUGCAGGAUGUUGGGGAUAAAUUUGUCCUGGUGAGGAAGGUAAAGAAUGGUAGGGUGAAGGAACCAUGGGUGACAAGUGAGGUGGAAAUUCUAGUCAGGUGGAAGAAAGCAGCAUACAUGAGGUUUAGGAAGCAAGGAUCAGAUGGGUAUAUUGAGGAAUAUAGGGUGGCAAGAAAGGAGCUUAAGAAGGGGCUGAGAAGAGCAAGAAGGGGGCAUGAGAAGGCCUUGGUGAGUAGGGUAAAGGAAAACCCCAAGGCAUUCACCCCAAGGUGAGGGAGGAAAGGCAGGUGAUGGAGAAGGGAUGCGCUCAGCCCGAAGAUGUAGGGGAGAAGAAAGAAAAGGAUAAUAAAUUUGAAUGCAUUGUUAGGGAUGGAAAGAGAGGAGGAGAUGGAGAGUAUCUUAAAUGUAUCUAUUUUAAUGCAAGGAGCAUUGUAAGAAAGGUGCAGUAACACUGAUAGGAGUGUAUUAUAGGCCACCUAAUGGGGCGCGUGAGUUGGAAGAGCAAAUGUGUAAGGAGAUAGCAGAUAUUUGUAGUAAACACAAGGUGGUGAUUGUGGGAGAUUUUAAUUUUCCACACGUAGACUGGGAAGCUCAUUCUGUAAAAGGGCUGGAUGGUUUAGAGUUUGUGAAAUGUGUGCAGGAUAGUUUUUUGCAACAAUACAUAGAAGUACCGACUAGAGAUGGGGCAGUGUUGGAUCUCCUGUUAGGGAAUGCGAUAGGUCAGCUGACAGAUGUAUGUGUUGGGGAGCACUUCAGGUCCAGUGAUCACAAUAGCAUUAGCUUCAAUAUAAUUAUGGAGAAGGACAGGACUGGACCUAGAGUUGAGAUUUUUAAUUGGAGAAAGGCUAACUUUGAGGGGAUGCGAAGGGAUUUAGAGAGAGUGGAUUGGGUCAAGUUGUUUUAUGGGAAGGAUGUAAUAGAGAAAUGGAGGUCAUUUAAGGGUGAAAUUAUGAGGGUACAGAAUCUUUAUGUUCCUGUUAGGGUGAAAGGAAAGGUUAAAGGUUUGAGAGCACCAUGGUUUUCAAGGGAUAUUAUAAAUUUGGUUCAGAAAAAGAGGGAUGUCUACAAUAGAUACGAGGUUGGUUUGGCAAAUAAGGUGAAAGUAAAUCCGAAAGGUUUCUACAGUUAUAUUAAAAGCAAGAGGAUAGUGAGGGAUAAAAUUGGCCCCUUAGAGAAUCAGAGUGGUCAGCUAUGUGUGGAACCGAAGGAGAUGGGAGAGAUUUUGAAUGAUUUCUUCUCUUCGGUAUUCACUAAGGAGAAGGAUAUUGAAUUGUCUAAGGUGUGGGAAACAAGUAAGGAAGUUAUGGAACCUAUGACAAUUAAAGAGGUGGAGGUACUGGCACUUUUAAGAAAUUUAAAAGUGGAUAAAUCUCCGGGUCCUGUCAGGAUAUUCCCCAGGACCUUGAAGGAAGUUUGUGUAGAAAUAGCAGGAGCUCUGACGGAGAUCUUUAAUAUGUAAUUAGAAACGGGGAUUGUGCCGGAGGAUUGGCGUAUUGCUCAUGUGGUUCCAUUGUUUAAAAAGGGUUCUAGAAGGAAGCCUAGCAAUUAUAGACCUGUCAGUUUGACAUCAGUGGUGGGUAAAUUAAUGGAAAGUAUUCUUAGAGGUCGUAUUUAUAAUUAUCUGGAUAGACUGGAUCUGAUUAGAAGUAGCCAGCAUGGAUUUGUGCGUGGAAGGUCAUGUUUGACAAACCUUAUUGAAUUUUUUGAAGAAGUUACGAGGAAUGUUGACGAGGGUAAGGCAGUGGAUGUAGUCUAUAUGGACUUCAGCAAAGCCUUUGACAAAGUUCCACAUGGAAGGUUAAUUAAGAAGGUUCAGUCGUUAGGUAUUAAUGCUGGAGUAAUAAAAUGGAUUCAACAGUGGCUAGAUGGGAGAUGCCAGAGAGUAGUGGUGGAUAAUUGUUUAUCGGGAUGGAGGCCGGUGACUAGCGGGGUGCCUCAGGGAUCUGU